AGCGUUUUCUGUAUGACUUAUGAGUCCUUCAACUAGCUAUUCUGGUAUAAUAAAUGCUCGUUUGAAAAUUGAAGGCUUUGGUGACUUUAACUUUACGCUUUGCAUCGUAUGUCAUAAGAAAUUUGAAUUUUGAAUUUUGCUGGAUACGACCUAAAUUUUAUCGUACUGUAAAAGUAGCUGAAAAAGCUCGUAGUUGUUAUCAAUUUUUUCUCCUUGUACAAUUUUCCUUUAUUAAUUCUGCAUUUGAAAACUUUUUUGUUCUAGUCAAAAACUUUUUUCUUUUGUACUUUUGACCAUACCAUCGGUUGUUUUCUGUCGUCAUCCUUCGUUUGAAAUUUCUUACCUAUCAAGAAAAAAGUAACCUAUUUUACUUGAUUUUUCGGAAAAAUGUCUUUCCAGUACUUGAUUUAUCCAUCGUCACUGUAAUUUUUAUUUUCAAAUUGCCUAAAGUAUUGUCAGCUAUUAUACUUAAAAUUUUAAGAAAUAAUGUCAUUUUUUCUUAAUACUUGAUUUGCCUAUCGUCACUGCAACUUGUCUUUUAGUAUUGCCUGGUUUUCGGUUAGCAAAUCGCAGUAUAUCCUUUACGAAUAUUUGGAGAAAAAAAAUCUUGAGCCAACUUUUCCCUACAAAGAAACUUGCUUUAAUAAACUAUUAAUAUGGGGGUAUUUGUUAGGAGUUUAUUUCGUUGUCAACACUUACAAGUAAAUUUUGAAUCUUUGUAAACCUUUUUGUACCCUCAGUUUGAGUGAUCAGAUGCACCAGUCUGAUGUUUGUACCUUGACUAGAAAAUAGGAUGAAAAGGCUUUGCUGAAGUCAUUUGAAAAUUCAAAUUCCUAGCAUGAGUACUGGAGCCGAUGUUAACCAUAAACUUUUCUGGGGAUUCCCAACCACAUCAGCUGUGAGGGAGGGGCACCUUGAGAUCUUGGAGAUGUUAGUUAAAGCUGGGGCAUCUCAGCAGGCUUGUGAGGAAGCUCUGUUAGAAGCCGGCUGUCAUGGGCACGCAAGAAUUGUGGAGGUGCUCAUGGGAUCAGACCUGAUUCGAUCACGUAUUGCUAUAAAUGCUUUCUUCACUGCAUGCUGCCGGGGUUAUGUAAAUGUGGUGGACACUCUCCUUAAGCUUGGAGUGAAUGUGGACGCUACAAAUCGUGUGCUGCUUCAGUCAAGCAAACCUUCUCUACAUACAAAUGUUGACUGCACAGCGCUUGUGGCUGCUGUCGUCAGUAGGCAAGUCUCUGUAGUCCGUGUACUGCUUGAGGCUGGCGCAAAAACCGAUGGACCUGUGCAACUUGGAGCCUGGUCCUGGGAUGCAGCUUCAGGUGAAGAAUUUCGAGUCGGUGCUGGAUUAGCAGAUCCCUAUGCCAUUACUUGGUGUGCUGUGGAGUAUUUCGAAGCAAGUGGCUCUAUUCUGCAAAUGCUCCUCCAGCGGUUUGUUCCCAGCACAUCUCACUGUGGAAGAACUCUUCUCCACCAUGCUAUUCUUUGUGGUAAUGCAGGAGCAGUUUCAGUGCUUUUGAAAUGUGGUGCUUAUGCAGAAAUUCCAGUUAAAACCACCCGGAACAUUGAGUUUCGCCCGAUACACAUGGCUGCCCGACUUGGAUUCUCAAGUGUUCUUAAAUGUUUGAUUGACUUUGGCUGUGAUCUGGAUGCAAGAACAGACAAAGGAGAUACAGCUUUAAUGAUCUCUUCGAGAUUCAAGAGGGAAGACUGCCUCAAAGUAUUGACUAGAGCUGGUGCUGAUUUUGGUUUGGUUAAUGUUGCUGGUGAAUCUGCAAGCUCCAUUGCUGUAUCCAAUCGAUGGAAGCUUGGUUUUCAGGGUGCAAUUCUGGAAGUCAUACAGAGUGGAAAAGUUCCCAACACAAGCGACAUGUCUGUCUUUUCACCAUUACUGUUUGUGGCUCGAUCCAGGGACGUUUUAUCCUUGAAGGCUCUGAUUGGAAGAGGAGAUAUUGAUCUGGAUAGCCAAGAUGACCAAGGUUUCUCUGCUGUAAUGAUCACAGCUGCAGAGGGUCAUGUCGACGGCUUCAGGUUGCUUGUUUAUGCUGGGGCUAAUGUCAAGCUGCAAAACAAGUCUGGGGAGACUGCUGUUACCCUCUGUGCGCUAAAUCCAAAUCGCGAUCGAUUUGAAAAAGUUCUGCUCGACUUUGCUCUUGAACAGGGUAAUCGAAUUGCUGCAGGUUUCUAUGCACUGCAUUGUGCUGCUCGUUGUGGUGACUUGGAUGCAGUUAAGCUGUUAACAACCAGGGGUUAUGACGUAAACAUGUCAAAUGGGGAUGGUUACACCCCACUCAUGCUGGCAGCAAGGGAAGGGCAUGGCCGCAUAUGUGAAUUCUUGAUCUCCUGCGGAGCACGUUGUGAUAUCAAGAACACAAUGGGUGAAACUGCACUUUCACUUGCUAGAAAGAUGCAGAAAAACGAGGCAGAACGGGUGAUACUGGAUGAGCUUGCUAGGAAGUUGGUCUUAACUGGCGCUCAGGUGAAAAAGCACAUUAAGGGAGGUAAGGGGUCUCCACAUAUGAAAGUUCUUACAAUGGUCGAAGCUGCUGGAAUAUUGCGUUGGGGAAAAUCAAGCAGGCGUAAUGUUGUAUGCCGAGAGGCAGAAGUGGGACCAAGCUUGAGGUUCCAGAAGAUCAGGCAAAGGAAAGGGGAUGCUGAGCUUCCUGGAAUCUUUAGGGUGAUCACAACCAAGAACAAGGAAGUGCAUUUUGUGUGUGAGGGUGGUUCCGAGAUGGCAGAACUUUGGGUGAGGGGAAUAAAGCUCGUGACAAGAGAAGCUAUUUUUUGCAAGUAGAGACAUUCCCCCGUGAUAAGCACAAGAGUGUAGAUGUAGAGUUAUUAGCUUACUACUUCAUCUUGUCAUAUGCUUAGAAGAAUUCCUAUUGUAGAGUUUCUCUUACUAGUAUUUGUAGUACUUCAUCUUGUAGUACUUCGUUUGUAAAUGCCAUUUUAACGCGAAAAGGUAAGUUUUAGAAGAUCAAA